UGUCUCCCUUUCUCGUUUCCGGGCUGGCGGAGGAGCGGCGAAGGUGUGGGAGGCAAUGGCGGAGCGGGGGCUGCCCGGGCUGGAGGCCCAGCGGCAGCAGGUAGAGGGAGAGGGGCCGGGCCAGCCCGGGAGGGAGCGACCGCUGCGAGCGGGAGAGAAGUGGUAUUUGCUGGAAAAUCAUUGGUACAAGCAGUGGAAAGUUUAUGUGGAAUCUGGAGAUCAGAACUCAAAUGCUUUCCCUGGACGGAUCAACAAUGCUGAACUCUUUGAAGAUUUGGAGUCUUAUCGGUUGAAGGAUAGGCUGGCAGAGCAUGAAGAGUACAUUCUAGUGCCAGAGGAGGUGUGGAACAAGCUGGUGAGCUGGUAUGGCAUUGAACAUGGCCAGCCAGCCAUUGAACGAAAGGUGGUAGACCUUCCUAGUAUGCAGAAGGUGGAGGUUUACUUAGUGGAGCUAUAUCUCUGUCAGCACAAUGAUGUAGACAACCCUGUGGUGGCCCAGUUUAGCCGAAUGGAUAUCAUUGAUACGGUGCUAAAAGAGGCCCGGCAUCAGUUUUCAGUUCCAGCAGAAGAUGAAUCAAGGCUCUGGGUGAAAAAUGCUGAUGGCUCCUAUGAGAGGUUACGAAACGUGCAGAUGACUGUGCUGGAUGCCUGCCUCAGUUCAGGGCAGAUUGUGAUAAUGGAGACCAGGAGUAAAGAUGGUACUUGGCCCAGCUCUAGACCACAUAUCAUGAAGAAUUCCAUUGAUGAGGAAGAACGGUACCGGGGCCAGCCAGGGGUUUGUGGCCUUACCAACCUGGGGAACACAUGCUUCAUGAAUUCUGCUUUGCAAUGUCUCAGCAAUGUGCCCCCUCUGACGGAAUACUUCCUCAAUAAUCAUUACCUGGAUGAACUAAACUUCAGUAACCCUCUUGGCAUGAAGGGUGAAAUUGCUGAAGCCUAUGCAGACCUCAUUAAGCAGAAGUGGUCUGGCCACCAUCGCUCCAUCGUGCCCCGAAUGUUCAAGACCAAAGUGGGCCAUUUUGCCUCUCAGUUCCUUGGCUAUCAGCAGCAUGAUUCCCAAGAGCUUCUCUCCUUCCUGCUUGAUGGUCUGCAUGAGGACCUCAAUCGUGUCAAGAAGAAGGAGUACAUUGAGUUAAAGGAUGCAGCAGGGCGACCUGAUGAGGAAGUAGCAGAAGAAGCGUGGCGCAACCACAAACGUCGCAACAACUCCAUCAUUGUUGAUAUCUUCCAUGGACUCUUCAAAUCAACACUGGUGUGCCCUGAAUGUGACAAAAUUUCAGUGACAUUUGAUCCUUUCUGCUACCUCAGUGCCCCUCUGCCAAUCAGCAAAGACCGGGUGAUGGAGGUUUUCUUUGUAUCCAUGGAUCCCUGCAAGAAACCUGAACAGCAUAGGCUGAUUGUCCCGAAAGCUGGGAAAGUGCUAGACCUCUGUCACGUUUUAUCAGAGCACACAGGGGUGCCUGCUGAGCGGAUGAUGGUGGCUGAUGUGUUCAGUCACCGCUUCUACAAGAUCUACCAGAGGGAAGAAUCUCUCAGCUGCAUUCUGGACCGGGAUGACAUCUUCAUAUAUGAGGUGUCUGUGUCCACGCUGGAAGACCCGACCUCAGCAGAUGCAGUGGUGCUGCCAGUCUACCUUCGGGAGCGUACCCAGAGUCGGGACUACAGCAACACCUACUAUGGGGUUGUCCUCUUCGGUCACCCCCUUCUGGUAUCUGUACCCCGGGACCAGCUCUCCCCAGAUGCCCUGUACCAGCUUCUACUGCAUCGGCUCUCCCGUUAUGUGACAUGGCCAGACUCUGAGGAAGAACAGAGUGAGGAGGAGGAGGAAGAGGAGGAAGAAGAGGAUCUCUACAAUAAAAGGUCCAAUGGGUUGAGUGAAGGGGAGGAUGAGGAGGAAGAAGAGGAAACAACAGCCGAAGGCUUUGCCAAUCAGGACCCCAGCUCAGGGACAGAAGAAACCCCCUCAGACACAUCAGUGGGGGAGGAAGGGGCUAGUGUGGAGGAGAGGCAGAGUCCCAACACAUCUCCCCAGCAGCACCCUCAGUCUCCUCAUAUGCUGUCUUCCAGUCCCAGUCCUCCUACAGCCAACCAGGCAAAGCGCAAAUGCUGUCUGCCACAGAAGCGGCCAAAAUUGCUUUUUACGCUCCAGCCCGUCAAUUCUAAUGGUACCAGUGACUGGAUGGCUGGCCAAGAUGAGGGCAAUCCUGUCUCCUUCAACUCCCAACCGUAUGUUGCUCUGGACUGGGAUUCUGAAAUGAAGAAGCGCUAUUACAAUGAGACUGAGGCUGAAGGCUAUAUCAAACACGACUGUAUGGGCUACACACUGAAGAAGAACCCUGUCAAGCUGCAGGAGUGCAUUGACUUGUUCACUACCAUGGAAACAUUGGAGGAGGAAAAUCCCUGGUAUUGUCCCACCUGCAAAAAACACCAGCUUGCCACCAAGAAGCUGGAUUUAUGGUCGCUACCAGAGAUCCUGAUUAUUCACCUCAAGCGCUUCUCUUAUACCAAAUUCUCCCGGGAGAAACUUGACACCCUCGUGGAAUUCCCUAUCCAGGGCCUGGACUUUUCUGAAUUCAUCAUCAAACCCCAGAAAGACACUGACGCUUCCCUGUACAAAUAUGACCUCAUCGCUGUGUCUAAUCACUAUGGUGGCCUCCGGGAUGGGCACUACACCACUUUUGCCCGGAACAAGGACACUGGGACAUGGUUUUACUUUGAUGACAGUAGCGUGUCUGCAGUUUCAAAGAACCAGAUUGAGUCCAAAGCUGCCUAUGUCCUCUUCUAUCAGCGCCAGGACAAAAUCUGCCAUCCAACUCCCCUUGCUGCAUCCACGAGUACGUCUGCCUGCAGAAAUGAGGAGGACUAUGCUGCCUGUUGUGAUUCUCACGCUAGAGAGCUAGCAAGUCGGGACUUCAUGGACGUGGACUGACCUUCACCUUGCUUCCCUUCUCCAUUUGUGACAGGAGGAGGGGAGGAUGAGAGCCAUAUAUGUUCCUUUCCUUGGACUGAAGGGGGCAGCUGGAUUUUCAGGCCUUGGAAUAAGGGCAGGGGUGUAGGACACAGGAGAUAAAACCCCCUACCAGCACAGACUUACUAUCUUCCUGUGUCCCAACGUGCAGGGCUCUUUGCUUUGCAUAUAGUUCCCCUGCUCUGGAGGGGAAGAACUGGCUACCCUUUAAAAGGCUUGUGCCUUACACCAACAUAAGAUGGCUGGGGGAAUGUAGGCUUCCUGGAUUGUCUCCUCCAUUCCCUUUUUUACAUCUCAAAAGUGAGAUGCUUUUAUUAGUGCUAGGUCUCCCAUGUGGAAGACUUGUUAAAUGCAUCAUUUCUAUGCUGGCUGUGCGCCCCCCCCCCGGCAGUAUUAGGCCACUCUCUAAUCAGGGUAUCUGCCCUUGUUUUGCUGCUCGUGGCUUCAUGUCUUUACCUCCACUUUGCCAUUGCCGAUUCCUGUGCUUUGGGAGGACUUUGCAAAGAUACUAACUCCUGUAUGGUCCGUGGCUAAUUAGGACACUUCCCCCUCCACUGCCGUACCUCUGAGCAUUGGAUAGGUCUCGAUAAAUGGCCCCUUGUAUUCUUUCCUGUCACUUGCCUUGAAAGUGCCUCCUUUUAGCUCCCCAACUAAGCAAUAAUUCCAAUAUUAUCCUGCCAGGACUACCUUCUGACAGCCCAUGGAAAUCUGGAACUCACAUGCAGGUUCCUGGAUUUCCUUCUCCCACAAUUCCUCAUUUCCUAAGUUCCUCUCCAGCUAUUAUGGUGGCUGUGAGCCACUGAGCCCCAACAUGCUGCUUCCUGCUCUUGCAUCCAAACCUGUUUGGGAGGACAGAGCCAUUUUCAGUCUAUACUGUGUUACAGCUCCCUUAGCUAAGGACUGUAGGAGAAACUUUACUACCAUCUCUUAAGGUUGCUUCUCAGUUGCCCUACUACCUAUCAGGACUAUCUCCAUCCCAGCAAAACUUUGGAGUUCUUCCGUUUACUGUGAGUCUCUGCUGCCACUGCUGUUGCUACUUCUAGGCUCAGGGAUUGCACUAGUUUGUAAAUAGGUUUCUGUGUGCAAUGCAGUGGAUGGAAUACAGCAGGAGGUAGUGUUGGUCAAGCACAGGACGCUCACUGGCAGAAGCACAUAGUGUAUUUUCUUACUUAAAGAGUUUGGAAGAUGAUUCCUUCACUUAACUCUUUGGGUUUUUAUUUCUCUUGAAGUUAUUUUGCAGAAGAAAGUAUUUUUGGCAUGUGUACAUAAAGUGACUUCUUUUAAAAGGCAUAUGGACUCUC